GAGGAUUGCUAGCACAAGUUUCUGCCAUUUAAUAACGAGUUUUUUCUUGCUCGUUUUAGGAACUGUUUUUUAUACUGAAUUUGUGAUAUCUACACGUCCGUUCAGGUACCAGAACUUCACAAGGAUAUUUGGGGGGAGGGGGAUCACGUACGGCCUGAGUAACCUUUGAAACACAAAAGUGCGUUAUUAUUUCUCCUGCGCAGAUGGAGGAGAAAAAGAAAUUCCAUCGACAGUGGAUGGCUGCAAUCAUAUCAACCAUUGCUCUAUUCAUGAUUGGGAUGUACUCCGGCUGGCCAUCACCAGCGAUGGAACACAUGACAACACCAGACUCCGAAGUCUUCAUGACUGAAGACCAAAUCUCAUGGAUGGUGGCAGUGGUCUACAUAGGGUCCACCGUGAGUCCCGUAGCCGCCGGGUGGCUCAUGAACUGUCUAGGACGUCGCCUCACACUCAUGAUGCUCACCUCAGUCGCCCUGGCCUCAUGGAUUAUACUCGCCACAGUCAAGAGUCCCACGGGUGUCUACAUCGCACGGUUCCUCGGCGGCGUGUGGGGAGGCACCGCCUACACCGUUUUGCCAAUCUACCUGUGUGAAAUAGCAGAACCAGAAGUACGCGGGGCUCUCAACACACUCUUCAUGUUGAUCGCCUACAUGGGCAUCAUGUUCGAGUAUUGCAUAGGGCCGAAAGUCUCGUACACUGAGCUUGCCUACAUAUCUGCUUGUGUUCCCGCUGCUUUCUUCCUACUCCUGUUCUUCAUACCAGAAUCGCCUUAUUUCUACCUGAUGAAAAAUGAUAGGGAACGUGCUGGAAAGACUCUAGCGUGGCUUCGAAGCGCCGAGUCACCAAAUGAAAUAGAAAACGACCUGUCGGUGAUCGAGAAGGCGGUGUUAGCUGACAUGCAGAACAAAGGUCGUCUGAAGAACCUGGUGUCCACGGCUGGCAACCGCAAGGCGCUGCUGAUAGCUGAGAUGCUGGCCGUGCUGCAGCGUAUGUCUGGUAUCGGCGUGGUGAUGGCGUACGCCUCAGAAGCGAUACCGCCGAUUGGCGGCUUCACGUCAGACGACAGCGCCAUGCUCUUGUGCUUCACCUGGAUUGUGUUCGGGUUUGCUUCAACGUUCCUCGUUAACUGGACAGGUCGACGGAUACUACUAGUCGUGUCCUGCCUCGGUUGCGCCCUUGGUCACGCUAUGGUCGCUGGAUGGUUCUAUCUCGACAGCAACACUUCCUAUGACGCCAUGAGCAUCGCUUGGUUUCCAUUGCUCAGCUUCAUGAUUUUCAGCAUCUUCUAUCCCAUCGGUCUGGGAUGCAUUCCUCCUAUGAUACAGGGAGAGAUGUUCCCAUCCAACACCCGUGGUCUCGCCUCAGGUGUCACUACUGCUACCGGCUUCUUAACCUCCUUCAUCACCAACAAGACGUACUUCAACAUCGGCGAGCUCGCAGGGUUCUACGUCAGCUACGCCGUAUUCAGCGUCAGCUGCCUCUUCGGCGUAUAUUUCUCCCUGGCCGUCGUCAUAGAAACCAAGGACCGAACUCUGGAGGACAUUCAAAUCGAGCUGUCCGAGCUCACGAUAAGGAAACAAGAGAAAAAGAAGCAAAAGACGCAAGAAAUAGACCAACGAUAGAUGGUUGGACAUCAAAAUUUUGUUCAGUGUAAACUAGUAACUAAUUUCAACACCCUUUCACUCAUUUGGAGGACAUUUGUCUGAAUGGAAGGGUUUAUUGACGUAGCUUAACAAACUUUCUAAACAAGGUACAUGACUUAUAAGUAUUUGUUAAUUACUACAAAGUAAAAUACCUACUACAUUACUUACUACAUUGCUUAUAUACCUAACAAAGAAGUGUCGGUACAAAAGCCACAAAAAUAUGCGUACAACCAUUUUGUGCACUUCGUAUCCUAAAACAUAACUAUAAUUCAUUAAUAAAUAAAUUUUGGAAGGAAUUAAAAAAAAA